AAAAAUAAUAAAAUAAAAAAAAAAGUUCUACGCCCCACUUUGCAACUGUUAUUAUCACCACCGCAAGUAGGAAUACGCCAAACCUCUUGAAAUGUUAAAGAUUUGCAAAAUAAGCGCCUGUCCGAACGGAACACUUGGCCUGCACCUGAGUCGAGCACCCUGGGAUCCCUAUCCAUGGGUGAGUGGCAUACAGGAGGGCUCCAGUGCAGAGGACGCCGGCAUGCGCGUCGGCGACACAGUAUUGGAGUUCAAUGGCAACGAUGUGUUGGGACAGAAAAUCUUCGAAAUCGCAACAAAAAUACGUGAACAUUGGCAAAGUGGUGCCACCGAUGUGACGGUGGUGAUUUGGCGCAAUGAAACGGAGCCGGAUAGCUGCUGCAGCGACGAAAAUGAUUACGAAGACGUUGAUGAUGAAGGAGGCGAUGGGGUUGAGAAUGCGUUGGAUAAUAGUGAUAGUGAGACAGCGGUGGUGGAGGGGCGAAGAAAGCGUGCGCGUCAACAUCAGCAUCAGCAGCAUUCCAGCAUUAAUCAGCAGUCAUUGCAAAAGUUCGCCACAUGCCUGCAACACAUUGCCCAAUUAUUGGAGUGUCCUGUUUGCCUUGAGGUUAUCCGCCCACCUGGCUGGCAAUGUUGUAACGGUCAUGUGUUGUGCAACAACUGCCGCAGCCGUUCGGUCAAAUGUCCGGUGUGUCGUGUGCCGUUGGGACCCAGAGGACGUUGCUUGCUCGCGGAUAAAUUAUUCACCGUGUUGGCUGAGAGUUUUCCCUGUGAUGGCGUGCGAAGCAACCGAAAUUCUCCAAAGGAGAAGCGCAAAUGCUCACCUGAAUUAAAAGGACGUCCCAUAGCGAGUGCGACAACACGAGAACAACAAGGGGACCGAAAUCAGCAGCAGCAACAGCAACAGCAACAACAACAACAAAAGCUGCAGCAGCAACAACAAAAGCAACAGCAGCAGCAACAACAAAAGCAACAAAUUAAAGCCAAAGAAAUGCAACAGCAAGACAAGAAGAAGGUCAAAACUACUGCUGCUGGUAGCCAAAAGAAUGUGACGAAUGGAAAAGUUGUUGCGCAGGAAUGCACAACAGUCGAAGAAGUACAACAAGUAAACAGCGCGACUGACAAUAUCAACAACAAUAAACAAGAGGAUAGUAAGAAACCGUCGGCAAAGGUUGAGGGCGCUUUAGAUGGCAAUUUAUUGCAUGGCUGCCACUGGCAAUGGCGGAGAAGUCGCCUGCGACUUUGCAAAGAAGCACAGCAACAACAACAAUAACAAUCAAGUGAAGUACUGUCAGUUUAUAAAGGCUACGCAGUCGAGGAGCAAUUGUUCAUCACAGUGUCCAGGGCGGCGACGACGAUGAGGACGACAAAUGUCAGCAGUUGAAUAGUUGUAGAACUUAUGCUUGGCCUGAGAGCGGGGGAUUGGGGGUAGAGGGAGAUAGAGAGAGAGUUUUUAAUGCAUUGGAGAGUUACGGCGUCAGGUGUGCUGAAACUGCAUGGGGUAGGGGGCGGAUGCAAUUGCUAUGGGGCAGUUGAUUGUGAGUGGCAUUGUGACGGAAGGAAAUGCGAUGGUCAACAAUGCGCUCGUUAAACUCGAGUUGAAGUCAAGUAAGAAAUCAGCAGAUAACAUGAAAUAAGGUGGAAAAGUCACGAAAUGUUAAGCGAAAAGAAACCAAAACGAAUGCAAGAAGUACAUAUAGGAAUAAAACUAAGAAAAACUAGAAAAAAAUUCACAAAACUAAAAUAGAAAUAAGUAGAGAAAUUGUAGUGCAGAUGAAGUUGCAAGCGAAAAUGUAAGAGCAGCAAAAACAAAUCGACAACAACCACAAUUUAUAACCACCCAGAUUAGCAGUUGUUGGUGUGCCGUUUGGCUUUGGCUCAGCAAGGCGCGCCGCGGUGUAGUGCAGCCAGCCACUGCUGAGGGAUUAGCAACAAUAUCAAAAUUAUCAUUGCUCAACUGGGAAAUCAUGUAGCAUUUGGAACGUGCAACAUUCAGCACACGAAGUGUGGCAAUAAGCAAGCAGAACAAUGAGUCGUGUAGUGCUGAACGUGUUUGAAACAUACAAAACAACAACUAUGCAUGUGCAAUAAUGUUUGCAGCAAACAGCAGGGCGAGCUGCAGCCGCACAUACAAACAAACAAGAGACGAGGAAAAGCAAAAAAAAAAAACAAAAAAACCGAAAAAGGGGAAAAUAAACACCAACAAGUUGUUCACAAAGAAAAAUGUGUGUGUGUAUGUAUGUGUGCCAAUAAAAACUCGCUGCAGGCGCACAGUGUGGCCGAAAUCUAAAGCAACGGCUAAUAAAAAUUAAUAAGUAGAUGAGUAUAUAUAUAGAAAAAGCCGUUAUCGAUAUGUUACUGUUCCACGCAUUGAUCUUAUUUGACUUUGAGAGCAUCAGCGUCGCCAGUACUGGCUUAGAAAUACACCAAAAUAUUUAUUGUAUAAAAAGGCAUUAAUCAAUUGA